AUGACUUCCUGGGGACCCAACCGACUCGACCUCUUCAUCGUCGGCACCAACUCUGCUCUACACCACAAGCGGUGGGACGGCUCAUGGGCCCCAGGCCAGACCACCUUCGAAGACCAAGGCGGGACGAUGCACAACGACCCCGAGUGCGUAGCGUGGGGUCCCGACCGCCUCGACAUCUUCGUGGUGGGCACCGACUACGCGAUCUACGACAGGCUGUGGGACGGCGCGUCCUGGGUCGGUUACGAGCGGCUGGGUGGAAACGUGGCGGGCUCUCCUACCGCCGUGGCCCGGUCUGCUCACAGACUCGAUGUGUUCUUCAUCGGCACGGACAGCUCUCUCUACCACAAGCGGUACGACGGUUCCAAAUGGGUCCCAUCCGUCGACGGAUGGGAGAACCUGGGCGGCACAUGGUUCUGCAACAAGCCAGCCAUCGUCGUCUCCUCCUCCGAGCACCAGCUGGACUGCUUCGUCACGGGCGCCAAUGGUGCGCUGUGGCACAGGCGCGGGGACGCGUCGUCUCAGUGGUCGUCCUGGGAGUCUCUCGGUGGCCAAAUCGUCGGCGACCCAACUGCGGUGUGCUCGGACGGGGAACGCAUCGACGUCUUCGCGAAGGGCGGGGACUCGGCGCUCUGGCACCUGGCGUGGAACGGGUCGUCGUGGGGUGAAUGGGAGAGCUACGGGGGCAUGUUCCUGUAUGAGCCUGAGGCUGUUUCUUGGGGCCCGAACAGGGUGGAUGUGUUUGUUAUUGGGAUGGGCGGCGCGUUGUAUCACAAGUGGUGGGAUGGGACGUCGGACAGGUUAUGA